GAAAGAAGCAAGAAGAUUUACAAAACUUUAUAGAUGAAGGUGUAUACCAAGUUGAAAGGUUGAAAGAAGAGGCUUGAUUACUGAUAUAAAGUAUGAUGAUGAGGUCAGAGCAAUGUUAAAGGAGCGCUUGAAACUUCCAAAGGAUAAAAGUCUUCCCAUGGUUGAUUACAGAAAAUACUCAGGAGUUAGGAGAUGGACGCUUGGUUUAACAGGUUAUAAAGACCAGAUAGCUGUAAUUAGAGCCUCCGGAAGCAUUAGUCGUGUACGUGGUCCUUUUAGUACACGUGGUACGGGAAUUAUUGCUGAGGAUAUUAUUGAGAAGAUUCAAACCGUAAGAGAGUCGAAAAAAUACAAGGCUGUUAUCAUCCGCAUUGAUAGUCCAGGAGGUGACGCUCUCGCAUCUGAUUUAAUGUGGAGAGAAAUCAGACUCUUGGCUGACUCUAAGCCUGUUGUUGCAUCAAUGGCUGAUGUGGCGGCUAGUGGAGGAUAUUAUAUGGCAAUGGGAACUGGAAUUAUAGUUGCUGAAAAUCUAACAUUGACUGGUUCAAUUGGAGUUGUGACAGGAAAGUUCAAUCUGGGAAAAUUAUACGAAAAGAUUGGCUUUAACAAGGAGAUAAUAUCAAGGGGGAGAUAUGCUGAGCUCACUGCUGCAGAACAACGGCCAUUUAGACCUGAUGAGGCAGAACUCUUUGCUAAGUCUGCCCAGAAUGCAUAUAAGCAGUUUCGGGACAAGGCUGCCUUCUCAAGAUCAAUGCAUGUUGAUAAAAUGGAGGAGGUUGCACAAGGUAGGGUGUGGACUGGCAAUGAUGCUGCUUCACGAGGUUUGAUUGAUGCAAUUGGUGGGCUUUCUCGAGCUGUUGCUAUAGCCAAACAAAAGGCAAAUAUACCUCAGGAUCAGGAGGUUACUCUUGUUGAGCUGGUCAAACCAUCACCAUCGCUGCCAGAGAUUUUAACUGGCAUAGGAAACUCUCUUGUCGGAGCAGACAGAAUUUUGAAACAACUAUUGGAUGAAUUGGCAGUUUCUGAUGGAAUUCAAGCGCGCAUGGACGGGAUUAUGUUUCAAAAGUUGGAAGGGGCUGAUUAUUCCAGUCCUAUAUUGACAAUGCUGAAAGAUUACCUGGGUUCAUUUUGACUUUAAUGUAUAAUUGGUCGCUUCCAAAUGUUUCAUUCUGCUUACGCUUCUGUCCAUCGGGAGAAUAUAUUCCUAGAUGGGCGUUGAGACAUAUUCUUGUACAAAAAGAUCUCUGCACCGUGUACACGAACACAAAUUGAAAAAUGAGGGUAGAAAGAAAACCAAUUUCUGCCCUCGUCAUUUUCUGUCUCCAUUUCCAUAUUGAUUCCCCAGACAUUAAAUGUACACAAUAUAGGCUGGUCUGUACGUUAUGGGGCGACAUUUAUACUCUUUGGUAUGAGAAGUUGACUUCGUUGCCAAAUUGUAUUUUUGUGUGCUUAAGGG